GACCUGAGAUUACGUCCCCCCCCGCUGUUCCUGGAAUAUACUCAGUGAGCAGCUCCAUGUUUGGAUCAGCGUUCUGUUUUGUUUUGCUUUUCAAAAGCAUAUGUGGAAACACUUCAAUAUCACUUUAAAGGAUUAUCUUGUGAUCACUGCACAUGUUUGUGUGGAUAUUUUCUUUUCAAAACCCUUCAAUGCCAAGACACAUUACACGAAAUAAUGAGUGUUCCUGCCUGACAGGCCUUGUGGGAGGUCACUGCUGAAUAUGCAGGACUUAGCAGGGCCUGAUAUGUCUAGGAAAUCCACAGUCUUUGAUGGUUUCCCCCUCCUGUGGGGCUUACUCUUUGGAUUCUUCAUCGCAAGUGCACCAGUGAUGUCCUGUCCCACAGGUUGUCACUGCAUAGAGAAGGCUGGCAUGACCGUGGUCCAGUGUGUGUCUCGCAACCUGGAGAAGAUCCCAUCAGAUCUCCCAAGGGACACUGUUGUCCUGCUCCUGUCAUCCAACCACAUCACGCACAUUCCCAACCACGCCUUCAAAGAACUGCACUACCUUCAGGAGGUGGACUUGUCCCACAAUGACAUUGAGACCAUGGACGUCGGUGCAUUUCAGGGUGUUUCCGACAGCCUCCUCAUGCUGGACCUGUCGAACAACCACAUCCAGAGCGUCCCCAAAGAGGUGUUCGCACGUCUGCAGGCGAAAAUCAGCCUCUCGAACAACCCGUGGCACUGUGAGUGCACGCUGCAGGAGGUCCUGAGGGAGCUGCGGCUGGACCCCAAGACGGUCAACGAAGUCGUCUGCCACACGGCGGUGCAGGACGAGUAUGCGGGCAAGCCGGUAAUCCAGGUGCUGGACUCAGGGAUCAACUUCUGCAAUUUCCACCACAAGACCACGGACAUAGCAAUGUUUGUCACCAUGUUCGGAUGGUUCACCAUGGUGAUCGGGUACGUCAUCUACUAUGUAAGACACAAUCAAGAGGACGCCAGGCGGCACCUGGAGUACCUCAAGUCACUGCCCAGCAGCUCCCAGAUCAGCAAGGACUUUGACACCAUCAGCACUGUUCUCUAGCAGGGCUGCAUGUGGCUCAGGAUGUGCGGCGUCUCUAAAUAUUUGAGUAAACGUGUGGUCAAGUGCAACAGUGACUCAGAAUCUGUCGCAAACACAAAGUUGUUCUGGUUUUUAGAAGGGUUUAUUUUUAUGGAUUAGGGGUAAAUGUAGAGCGAGAGACAAAUGAGCCCACUCGAUUUGGGCUGAGACAAAAGACGAUGAGUGUUUCUCACAGCUACUUUAUAUGUCCUUAAUGUCACACUGUCAUGUGGAAGGCCACUUUAUCAGACGGGUAUCAUAAACCUCCCAAAUUAAACUACUGGUCCAAGAAAUAAGGUGACCCAGCUGUUACUUCUUCACCAUGCAACCACUGCAACAUUACAGAACCAGCCAGGAAAUGUUCUUAAGUUUUUGUCACAGAAUUAACGUCCACUCCAGAUAAAAUUGUAAUUGUAGCACAAAUCAUUAUAAAUGGGGGGGAAAAAGUCAUCAUGAAUAACCCUACUAUGAAAAGGGCAUAAUACUUUGAAAAGUCAGAUUUCAGGGGGAUCUAGUGUGCUAUUUAUAAAAAAAUGUACUUAUGUCAACGUUAAGUAUGGUGGACCUGUGAACAAACAACAACAGAAACAAAUGAACUUGCCAUUGUGAUUGCUGUUAUUGAUUAGACUGUAGCAUGAGACCCAGCACACACUGGAAUGUGUAAGCACUGCAAAUGGCUGCAAAGCACCUUGAAGAUCUAGCUGGGUUUCAUUUCGAGCCCAGGUUAAUCAAUCAUGUUUUUCUUUCUUUUCCUGUGUAUGUAGAAAGCAACUCUGCCAAGAAAACCCUGUUCAAAUCUACAACCAAUGUCUUAGAAAUAAACAGCAUGUGACAGAAACAAUUAUAGCUUCUGAUAAAUGAUGAAAUGUGAAUAAGACGUCAUGCACAAGCAGAGAUCGAGCGUCCCAGGGCUUCGGCAGUCGUGGUGCUUCUGCGGCCAUGUGGCCCAAGGGAAACUCUGCUCGGACACAAACCCAAUACAUUUUCUACUGUCUUUGGGCUCUUUGUUAGUCAGAAGGUCGUUGUGUCUAAGUGCCUACGCUCUGGGAAUUCUACACCACAGCACUGUGCAUGAGGUUGGACACCUCGAGUGUCGAGUCUCCUUCUUGUCGACCCUUUGCCACUCUACAGCUCAGAUUUAGCUCCAGCCUAUAUUGUACACUGAGCCAGUGUCUGUGUUCAAGGCAAAGGACCAGGUUAUUGUUAUUAUCCAGAGGGUUGAAUGUUUUAAAGGAAAGGCCAAGACAGUGUGCUUGAGGACAAUGACAGGAAAAAGGGGUUUAGAAAGUAAUUUUACAGCUCACCGUACCUGUAUUCAUAUGGUGAUAACCACUCAGUGAUUCCCAACCUUGGGUUCCUGGCCCCCCUGAGCGGUCACAAAAUACAGAGACACAGAGUUUCCCCGUUAUUCAUGAAGACUGUGGGUUUCUGCCACAGUCUCAUUUGACCCACCACAGUUAAUUAUUGAAGCAAUACUUCUAUUGCUACUACUACUUUUUUUUUUAACAAUUCUUAUAAUUAAAUGAGAUAAUAGCUCAGCAUCUGUGUGGUAUUACGGUGUUGCAUAUCAACUAGUAUGAGUUAUAACUGUGAUUAACUGUUAUUUCAGUUAUUAAGUUAGUAGUGUCAAAGAUGAGGUCUUUUAGAUGUUCUAUAAGUGGCGGUUGUUACCACUUCUUUGGAAGAAGUUUCCAAAGUAAACUAGUAAAUUGAUGCUAUAUAUUGAGCUCAUAGGAGUUUCUAAUCUAAAAGCUUUCAAACUUCCUUCUAAAGACUGCGUUACUGUUACCUCAGAAAACAGAUUCAGUUCAUCAUUCAAACCUACGGUGUUAUAUAAGUGAAAAGUGACAAAAGUGACCCUUGUGCUGGAAGUAGCUAUCGGAGGUUAGCAGAGCAUUGUCUGUGAUGGCUUACUACAUAGCAAGAGCUGCUAAUGUCGCUAAAGUCACGGUGGUGUGAUGUCUGCCAUUGUUGGGUGCACUUUGGCUGACAAAAAAACAUCACUAACAUGACUAAAACAUCACAACCUUUUACAAGAGCUCCGUUAACAUAAAUAAAAAAAGAGCUGCUGGAUUUCCACCAUUGUUGUCUCUGACGUCACGCUACGUAGCCAUUGGGCACAGCUAGCCCACACCCCGUCUACAAAGUAAAUCUACUGUUUUUAGUCGAAACGCAAGCCUGACCCAGGACUUUACCGUUCCAAACCGUAACGUACUGUACCAGCCUGAACUGUACCAUAAUGGAAACAGCAUUAAUGAUACAUUUGAUUGAAUUGGCUAGCACUAGCGCCUGUGGUGGAAUAUCGACAUACUGUGAUUUGACUCAGGCUGAUGCUUGGAAGGUUGAAUCAUUCCUCAAAUUCUUACUCUCCUUUUUUUUCUGACUGAACUCUGUCACAAACUUCAGGUGGCAUUAAUUCAUUUAUGUCUUCCGUUUGUCCACAUUCCAACCCCUUGUCUAUAAGGUUGAUCAAUGUUUGACAGAUAUCCAGAUGUAGAGUGACCGUCUUGUUAGGCUGCUGGGUUGUGAUGCUAAAAGGUUGAGAAACACUCAUCUAGUAAAUACAAUACAGAUAUGAUUUGUGACAGAUACUAGAAGAGAGUUGUUUUUUUUAGUUUUGCAUAUGUUCACUGACAAAAUAACGUUUUAUAUGGUUCCUCUGUCGGGUUCUUUGUAACAGAAGUGUCCGUCUUUGUAAUUUUAAAAUGUUAUAUAUCAAUGUGUGUGUGUGUGUGUGUGUGUGUGUACUGGCCAACAUGUACAAGUCUGGACGAAUCCACUCGCCAUCUGUGUUGUCAUGUAAUAUACUGUAUGUCUUCAGCUGAAUUCACAAUAACAACAACAACAAGUGUUUGAAUGUCUACAAAGUGUUUAAUGUAUUUUCUUCCUCUGAAGAAGAAGCUCUGUGAUGGAAUUGAAAGGGCUCCAAUACUUUUGUGUUCAAUAAUGUGAUAAUCACAUCACUUUUCUAGCCGUUUCAGCGUCGAGUGUGUUUUUGUUUGUUUUAUUGUCUGGUUUUCAACUGACACUUUACCAGCAUUUGAAAAUAAAACGUUCUUUUUUUCCAAGACA